AUGACGUGGAGGACUGGCUCGCCUUCUAUGACAGGGAACGCCGUGCUCGUGUUUCUGGUCGGCGGCACGCUUCCCUCUUGGCGGACGGAGGGCGCCCGCGCUCGCUUGCUGCCCAAGGACGCUGACGCCGAGAAAAGCAUUGAAGAGCUUAUUGAGGCCCGGGGCUACCCCGUCGAAUCCCACCAGGUGGUGACGGACGACGGCUACGUACUUGGCCUAUACAGGAUACCACGCGGCAGAGUGGAGAUCGAAGAGGCUUCACAGACGCGUACUGGCAUGACCACCGCUGGGUGUGAUGGGGCCAGCAGAGCCCCCGUAAUAAUCAUGCACGGGCUGUUAGCCUCGGCGAUCACGUGGGUGACCAACUACGCAAACCAGAGCCUCGGGUACGUCCUGGCCGACGCCGGCUAUGACGUAUGGCUCGGCAACAUUCGCGGAAGCACGCUUUCCCGCAAGCACGUCAACAUCAGCGCCGACAGUGACGUCAGGUUCUGGAACUUCUCGUUCCAGGAGAUGAUCGAACACGACGUUCCCGCCACGAUCGACUACAUCCUCCGGGAGACCUGGAAGUCCAGGCUCGGCUACGUCGGCCACUCCCAGGGGACGCUCGUCAUGUUCGGCCUACUGUCGGCGGCGCCCGCCUACAACGACAAGGUGGCCCUUUUCGUGGCGCUGGCUCCGAUAAUCGCACCGGUUCACUCGAUUAUGAUUGCAAAGCAGCAGUUGCUAGCCAUGUCCGAAAUGCCAGCGAUCCGCAGCACGCUUCUUAAGAUUGGCCCAAUCGGCGAGCACGGACCCCCGUGGAAGGAGAUCGCGGACAAACCCUGCCGCACGGAGGAGUCGCUGUCUCUCUGCGAGGCUACGUGGAACACCAUCUUCGGACGGUCCGUAAUGCUCAAUAGGCUCAUCAAGACCGGCCGUUUCUGCAAGUACGACUACGGUGCAGCGAAGAACAACGGAAUCUAUGAUCAAACCGUGCCCCCUUGCUAUCCCUUGGAGGACAUCCGCACUCCCGUCGCCAUAUUCUGGGGAGACGGAGACGCGCUCUCCAGGCCGCAGGACAUUGACCGGAUACGUUCCCGCGUCUCCAGCAUCGUUUUCGACGAGCGCGUCGGGUCGGGCCCGUUCAGUCACGCGGACUUCGUCUACGGAGUCGACGCCAAACGCGUCCUCCACGACAGGAUCGUCCAAGUGCUUCGACAGUUCUACAGCAUGUGCCGACCGCAAUCAUCAGAGUAGACACUGCACGAAGACGCCGAAUCCUGAUGUCGGAUAGCAAACGCGGUCGUGUUGGGAAGUAUUUGAAGGGUGAAAUACCAAGUUAACGUAGAUCUGCAGGAUAAACUUUCACAAUUCCAAAUAGGUCUCACCCUGUCACGGCUGGGUAAACAGCAAAAUGCGCAAAGUGAGCAGAGGUUUGGGCUCCGUAUUCGCAAAAAUUCUGUAUCGUAACUGCUACGAUUGGCCAUUAGCGCUGUAAUCGUCUCGUCGAGCCAGUCACUGUCAUCAGUAGCGGCCAUUGGAACACCGGCCUAAGUGAUGUCACGCAUUCGAAUUUUGUGAAUACGGGCCCGGGAGAUCCUGUAAGGAUAUGCGCACAGCUUUGAAAUGCUAAAUAAAGUGCACUGAAUUGAAUAGAAAGCUAUCCUUGAGUCCAUGGGAUUCCAGAAAGACUUUGGGAUGACAGGAUAGAGACAAGAAAACGGAAGACGGGUCCUGACGCCACUUCUGCUCAUCAUCAUAAGCUGCCCGUGACUUCAUAGAGUUUGGCAGCGCCUGCUCGGUGUUACCCAAC